AUGGAAACAAAUACAGGAAGUACGAAAAGUACAAGAAGUACAAGAACCAGAAAAACAAGAAAGUCUAAGGAUCCUAAUGCACCAAAGAGAGCAUUGUCUGCUUACAUGUAUUUUGCUAACGAAAAUAGAGACAUCGUGAGAUCUGAGAAUCCUGAAAUCUCCUUUGGUCAGAUGGGUAAGUUAUUAGGUGAAAGGUGGAAAUCUUUAAACAAUCAGGACAAAUUGCCUUAUGAAAAUAAAGCAAAGAUUGAUAAAGAAAGAUAUUACAAUGAAAAGGAACUAUAUAAUAAUACUAUGUCAAAAAUUUAA